AUGCAGGCCACUUCAGUGGUGGAAACAGAUUCUGAUAAAAACUACCAUAAAAAUGGAGGAAACCUCCAUAAAGAUAAACCUAAGAAAGAAAAUGUGUUAUUUUCCAAUGGUUGCAACGAAGUCAAAUCAGCUUUUCCUGAUGGUGAAUGGGAUUCUUUGGCAGCAGAACACAGAGAUAGUGACAAAGAAAUCAGCAGUAUUGACAAGAUAGAUUUAUCAGAACCAUCUUUUUCAGCAAAUCAAGAUACUAAUGUAGAGAAUAAUUUCUCUCAGUCAAGUGAAUUUGAAGACAGUGUUGACUAUGCUUUUUUGAAUGAAACAUACUUUAUACAUUGUUCAGAAUCAAAACUCAAGAACGAAAAUCUUCCACGUUUUUAUUCAGAAUUACGUCCUGAAGUACACAAAAAAGUGGAGACAUUUUUUGACAUUUUAGGAGCUCAAGAUGAAUCUAGUGUUAGAUUGGAAAGGAGGCAUGAGACUCCGGCUGGAGACUGUGGAGACCUACAGAGAAGUGACGUGGACGAUGACUCCCAGCAGGAGUACCACAGCGCAGAGCAGGAGUGCAUAAGUACACACUUACCUUUUGACCCAGCUAAAACAGUGGGCAAAUCGAAUCUAGACGUUAGCGAGUUGAAAACAUCAGGCUCUGGCAUUAAAUGUGUUGGCAAUUUAGAAGCUAAUCAUGUUAAGUUGGAGAGUGUUCCUAGCCCCUCUUUGGAGUCACUUGAUGUUUCUGCACAAGAAUGUUUGCCUCUUUCCUCUAAAUCUCAGAGUUCUGAUACGUCAAAAGAAUAUCAUCAGCCCAAAUUUGAAAAGUGUAAGGAACAAGAGAUUGGUUUACUAAACCGUAAAGCGUUUGAUAUUUUUCAGAGAAGCAGCUCUCCCUUAAACCCUCAGAAAGUACCCCAAACUAAAAUGUAUGCUAAAGAAAUGAAAUCCCAGACAGCUGAAAGUAAAGAUUUUUGUGGAAAUAGAAAUUUCCAGAACAAAACGCUACAAUGCUCUGAGAGCCCUAUCUCCUUUCCUCCAGAUCAAACCCUUGGGACACAACUGAAGGCUGAUAAUCUUCACCAGACUACUGGGGCUUUCAUUUUUGAUGACUCAGUCAUUUCUCUCUGUGGCUCUUUGCAAUACAAAAGCCUCCCUGGUCCAGGCUUUUUUUCUUUUGAGCUUCCAAAGGUGGCAGUCACAGAUACUCAGGCAGAAGUAGAGGACAGCUGCCUACGCCCUGUAAAAAGUGGUGCCGCAGAUAAAACAUGCUCUCAUGAUGUGAAGGAAGAGUGUCUUAAGUCAGUGCCAGAUGCAGCCAGCUGUUCGCUUCCAGUUCAGCCGACACUGGAUGCCAGCAGAGGGGCAAGUGCAAGAUCUUCUGUACUGUCUACAUCAAGCAGCACGGAGAUGCCAGUGCUGAGAAGACAGCAGCCUGAGGAGUGGCAGUGUGAGAAACAAAGUGUAGCCUGUAAUACCGACUGGUCCUGCAGACAGGACUGCAGGGAUGCACAGACGACUGCACCAAACGGGCCAGGAAAGUCACUCUCAAUGGACUCGCUCAAGCCUAGUGGGAAUUCUCUGAAUGAGAAUUCCUUGGAAUUAAGAAAAACAUUUGAUGCCACAGACAGAAAGAAACACCUUGAGAGGGCAUUUCAGCUUUGUGAAGAGAUGAAUUUGCCAUCAAAGUGCUGUGAGAAAACUGUCGAGAGGGCCGUGAAGGCAGAGAUGCACCUUCUGGAUGUCUGCUAUCAGAUGUGCCAUCGCCACUGCAGUCAUGUCUACAGACUUGUAAUGGAGAGUAGAGCUGGCCUCAAUAGGAAUUUACCAAGUAAUUCUGCCAAGAAGGAAUUAGGAUCAACACUGCUGUCUGUUCUGGGAGACUUGAAAGUUAGGUACAUGAACUUGAAAGAAAAAGUCCACAAGGGCAUACCGCUGGAGGAGCUGCCCCCACUGUCAGUGGAAGCCAAACUGUUAUCUGCUUUCUCCGAUUUUGCUUCCAGGCUAAUAGAAGAAGAGGCAUGUGGCCUUUCAGGAGCAAAUUCUGAGCUGGAUAAUCAAAGUGUACCUGAUGUUGAUACUUCUCCAAGCCUAGAAACAACAUUGUCCCAGAUGUCCCUUGUAGCUGACAAUAAUCAUCCUAAACAAGAUGAAUCACCCGUGAAUGAUGGUUUUAAAAAUGGCGAUAUAAACAUAGACUUUACUCAGCUGAAGCUCGAUGAUAAAGAAUACAAAAGCUUUCGUGAAGUCAGUGAAGACUGGUUUGAUGCAACGGAGAGGCUGACUGGAGUUGACUUCUCAGGAGCUCAGGAAAAUGGAAUCGAACACGAUGGGUGGAACCCAAAGAGUCCAUUAGAAAUGAAGAAUGGUGAGUUGCUUCGAAGAAGUAAAGGCUUUUUGAUCCAUGUUGGUGGUCUUUGCCCUUCUGUAUCUGAGGAUGACUUAAGGUCUCAUUUCCAGAAAUACCAAGUUUCUGACAUUUCAAUUUAUGAUUCUACUAAUUACAGAUAUGCAUCUCUUGCUUUUGCAAAAACCAGUAAUGCAAAGAAGGCUGUGAAGGAGAUGAAUGGUAUAGAAAUCAACGGGAAGUCAGUGAACGUGCGGCUUGUGAAAAUCCCUGGAGAGCACACACCACCACUCUUGUCCAAAAACGGGACUAGCACUAAUGUGAGUCAUUUGGAGAAAAAUAGCAACAAAGAAGGCACCUUCACCUCUUCUGCUUGUAGACUGCCCAGAGCUAGACCAAGGCAGCUGGAGUCUGAACAGGACAGUGAGUUUCCUCCCUUGGACCAGGGUGUCAAGAAAAAUUGUAACCAGAUUGAAUCUGCUCAGUUAUUACCUGAGACACCUGUUCAGGUCAUACCUUCAAAUACAUUGAACCUUCGCAGCUUCACCAAGAUCAUGAAGAGACUGGGUGAGCUGCAUCCAGAUAUCAGCAGAGACCACAUUAUAGAGGCUCUUCAGGAAGUGAGGAUAAAUCAUAAAGGUUUUCUGAAUGGUUUGUCCAUCAAUACCAUUAUCAAAAUGACUUCAUCUUUUCUGAGAAACUCGCUUCACGUUAGGAAUAAAUGAAGCAAUAUAGAGAGAAAAUCCUUGGAAGGUAUGAGGACUCUUCAUCAGCGAACAUUCUACAGCACUUAGGGAAAGUUGUGGUAAUACAAUCAACAGCCUCUAUAUUUGAACCUCUAACACUUUAUUCUAGUUGAUAGUCCUCCUUUAAAAUCUGGCAACAACAGAUUUAUCUAUAGUAUUAAAAUCUGCAUGUUUUAUUAAGUUGAUAAGCUUUAUUUCAGAAUUACUAUUCAAGACUUCAAGCUGCAUAUUUUGGAUCAGAAAAGACAUCAUGUCCAUUUAUAAAUCAUCAUUAAUAAGUGCAUUUUAAAAGUACUGUCCAGAAAAAAGUUUGCUAUACUGCUUCAAAAUUCAUUGCAUAU